AUGGAGAACAUUGCCCAGCAAAUCCAACCCGAUGGCGAUCAUCACGAGACCAACGUCAACAAGAAUGAUACCACUUCUACAGCGGGAACCUUACAUCCCUCUUUUGUCCGUGGAGACGCUGCCGGCUUCGUUGGUGAGAUUGUUGCCGACACGGGAACCAUCUUGGAUGGCGACCAAGGGGUGCAUGCCGGACUUAUCACAGUGUCAGCACGACAGUACCGAGAUCUCUUUUCAAAGAUCUCCGAUUUGGAGCAGAAGCUAGCCCAAUUCGACGAAGUAGUUGACAAAGUGGUCGAGAAAAGGAUGCUCGCGCCCCUGUUGGAUAGAGGCAACGGCUUCGACGAUGCACCAUACGAAGAUCUUUUCGGUCCAAAUAGCACCGUUAUGCAGCAAAAUUUCUCUCGCAUGGUCAUGUACAGUGCUGAGGCCAUGGAACACGUCGGCUACCUGAUGAGCAGAUCCAGGCGGUACUGGGUGUUGCAGCGUGUUCAGAGGGAUAAGGAACAGGAAGACAAAGACAAGGAAGCUGAGAAGCAAAAGAUUGUAGAGACGACUUCAGACGAGUCCUUGCUGGCUUCCAAAAUGCUUACGGACGGUGUUGCUGCAACGAUGUUGCAAACAACCUGGGAAGUCUUUCAAUCCCAGAACUCGGGUAGUAUCAACACUAUCAUCAACCCCAUCCAGCUCGUCGUUGGCGAGCCCGAACUAUCAUUCCGCGGGAUUUUCAACAACUUCAUUCAGGAACCCGACAGAAAGCUUGCAUCACGCACUUUGCCCCCGAAGGCGAGUGCGAACAAGACCCUCGGAGAAUCGCCGCUGCCAGAACGAAUCCUAAUCCACUCACCUGAGAUCAUAAAAGCUCUAAGUGAGGCCUGCGAGGAUUUGUUCAGUGUCAUAAAAGGCACCACGUUCCUUCGGCCCUUCAAGAUGUUUACUUACUAUGAGCAAACUAUUCGAGAUCAUGCAGCGAAGCUCGAAGUCAGUUAUGCGAGCAAUGCCAAUGUCACCUCUGAAGCUGAACCUGUCACACCUGUCGAGACUGAGCACACUUCAGAAGACGAUAGUGACGAACUGGCCAAGUCUGAAGAAGCGUCCUCGGUUCUACCUCAGGACGAAGCAGAUUUGAAAUGCCCUAUCACACUGCUGCAUAUGCGCUGCCUGACAAAGUUGUUGGACGAUACCAUAUGCACAAGACGAGAGUAUCUGGCAAGUACGGAAUGUGAGAAGGUCACAUUCAGCGACAUCUGGUAUCUCUUUCAGCCAGGAGAGGAAGUCAUCGACCAGGCUAAUAAACAGGCCUACCGUGUGCUGCGCGUCUCGAUGCCCAAGCACAAGGUCAUUCCACCAUACCUCUUUAUACGAAAUUCCAAUUCAGAGAACGCUAAAGAGAAGCCAGCCAUCAUUCAGUGCCUCUACAUAGACUUCGACGGAGAGAAUAUUGGCCCUGUAACCAAGACCUUUGAGAUACCUCGAUUUGACACGGACAAACCAAUCAAGUCGUUACCGAUCUACCCUCUUCGGAUGAUCAGGGAGAACGGAUUCCGCGAAAGGCUGAUGGAAAGAGGCAAGAUGCUGUGGGACGUGAUCCAGGUCAAGCCAAUGUAUUACAAAGGUAAUGUUAUCGACACAAGGCAGGAUGCUGACAGCCAAGUCAUGAUCGACUUUACUGAAGCCCUAGCAUAUGCGCACGAACAUGACAAGGAUUGGAAGCCGAAAGUUGACUUCAUCAGCACAUCGACUGAGGAUAGCAAGACAGAUGACACAACUAGCGACUGCGAUGCCAUCUGUUGCCGAAGUCAAUACGUUUUCGACGACUCAUUUGUCGAAGACAGGCUGACUGAGGAUUUCAUCGCUAAACUAUUCCCGCAAUCUCCGACGGAACGCCGGUCACUCAUUAUAUACCCGCAUGCUUUAAAAGAUUUACUCGAAUCGAAGAGCACACCCGGCGCGGACGAGCUUGUAAUCAUGAGCUAUAGAGUCUUCGGAUUCAUCCUGAGAAAACGUCAAUGGGCGCAACUCGACCUCACGUAUCUGAAGGGCGAGAAUGAGGAUAGCAGGACCAGUGCCUUAGACGCCUUUGAGCGUCUGGUUCUUCCGGGAGGACACAAAGAGAUGGUCAAGUCAUUGGUGACACAACAUUUCCGAGACAAGAAGGCCAGGGAGAAAAUGGUUGACCGAAACCCCCACGUUGAUGCGUCUUCUGAUCUCAUUCGAGGAAAAGGACAAGGCCUCAUCAUUCUCCUUCACGGAGCCCCCGGUGUAGGGAAAACCACCACAGCAGGCGAUCUCGGAACGACCGCUUCAACAGUUCAGACAGAGUUGGAGAAGAACUUCACACUAGCCAGCAGGUGGGACUGCAUUCUUCUCUUGGAUGAAGCUGAGGUCUUUCUUGCGUCUAGGGAGCGGAAAGACCUAACGAGGAAUGGUCUCGUUGCGAUCUUCCUCCGAGUGUUGGAAUACUACACCGGAAUUUUGUUCCUUACAACUAAUCGUGUCGGUGACUUCGAUGAAGCCUUCGCUUCCCGAAUCCACAUGAGCCUCUAUUACCCUAAACUCGAUCUCGACAAAACGCUGGAUGUCUUCAGGCUGAACUUCGACCUGAUCAAGAACAGAUUCGAUCUGAGACGUCGCAAAAUCUUCCUCGACGAGGAUUCAAUCAUUGACUUUGCGAAGAAGCAUUUCGAGAGUAAUGGGGACGACAAGAAACAGGGCUUACGGUGGAACGGCCGCCAAAUUCGCAAUGCGUGCCAGACAGCACUUGCCAUGGCUGAGUUCGAUGCGCUCAAUAGUGAUCUGAGGGCUGACAUCGAUCCUUCCCCAUUCGUGCAUCUCAGACUCGAUCAUUUCCGCAUCAUUGAGAAGGCUUAUGAUGAAUUCGCUAUCUACCUCGGCGACGUCUAUGGCGCUAACUUUGAUGAGCGGGCCGCACAAACCCAGUUACGCGCUGAACAAGCAGACAUGACCAAGUAA